AUGGUGUGUUCGGACGCCCCAACGCUCGCCAGUUCGUCGGUCGCAUGCGUCUGGCAGCUCGGUGCGCUCGGGGGGUUGCCUCCGGGUCUCGUGUCGCUUUUGGUGCGGCCGGAUGUCCAGAAAGCGACUCAGGGCGCGACAGGCGAAGUGGAGGCUCUGCAGCGCGAGUUUGGAGUUGCGGCGAAGAAUUUCCUCUGUCUGCACGCGGCGGCGAUUGCGCUCGGGUGUGCGACGAACAGUCGCUCGCUCCAGGCGCUGUGUGGGGUGUUCUUGAGGAGCUAUCUGGACAAGAGCCUGCAACUGAGCACGUGGAGCCGAGACGCGCUCUCGCCUGAACAGUGUAUGUACGCCGCAACGGACGCGUACGUCUCGCGUCAAGUGCUCUUUGGCAUGCGCGACCGCAUCAACCAGAAGGACGUCAUGAGACUCGUGGAGGCACAGGCCACGCUCCAGGCGAGAGCCACGCGAAAUGAAGGCGAAGAGCAGGGGGACAAAGCCGCGUCAGGCUCGUUUGCCCCGUUUCAGAACGCCCAAGUGGCGACAGAGGACGCGGGAAUCAAGCGUAAGGCGGGUGCUGAAGAAAACCCAACGGCCCACGGGUUCCACGCGGAACGCGACAACCCCGUUGACACCGGGGACUUGGGCUCUCGCGUGAACUGCAAAGAUGCGAAUGACUCCGGAGACGGAGACAAAACAGAGCAGGUGACAGUGCGAGGAAGCAUCCGUUCUUUGAAAGAACGCCGAGAUGUGCAAGGGGAACCGCAAGGCGAAAGCAGCCGGGAAGGGGGAUCAAGGGGAAAUUCCCAAGAAGACCCAGAGACAUUUGAACACGACUCCACACUUCAUUCUGGACGCACAGAUACACUGGAGCUAGGUGGACAACGGGAAAGUCGUGGAUGUGGAUCAGAAAAGAAAAGUAUUAUCGUCCGCAGUAAACUGCGCGGUCCCGUCAGCGACAGAGAGGUGUUUGUAGCGACGAUGUCGAGGCAGGGCGCAGAGCUAGAAAAAGAGAGGCCGGUGAACUCUCCUCUUUCGGAGCCUUCGCCCCCGCAGAAGAGACGCAGCGGGGAAACGGUGUCGCAACAGCCCAGCGAUGUUUCUGUAGCAAACAGCCACGACCGCGAAAACAGCUGCAUCGUGGAAAAGGGCCGAGACGGAGAAGAGCGCGGCAUGGGAAAACAGAUUUCGCACGGUCCGCACGCCGGCCACGCAUGGCUUCUUUUGAAAGAGACAUGUGUUGAACGCGGAUGGCGACUCGAAUGCACGCGACUGGAAAGUUGCAGAACGGGGUUCAGAAGCGUCUUUUCCGUUAACACGGGGGUGUCCGGUGUAUUUGUCGCGAAGAGUUCGGAGGCUCACACAACGCUUCGCGAGGCCCAAAAUGACGCGGCGGCUCAGAUGCUGUCUCUGCUUUCUGAGCUUGGACGAAAACAAUCCGUGUAA